AUGAAGAAUUGCAAAGCACAUCUUGGCUGUUGCAAGGUGGUAUGGUUGUUCUCCUUUUGGGGCAUUCUUCACAGUCCAAGAGCUUUCGCGUUUCUGUUCACUGCUUCGAAACAAUCAUGGCAGACAUCUCAUCGUUCGCUUCAUCCAUUGGUGCCCCGACCAUUGUUUGCCGCCGACAAAUUCCAAGAAGACGACCAACCAGACCUAGUAUCAGCCCUCAUGGAGGAUGAUGACAGUAGCAUCAGUAUCUCGAGCUCUCCUUCUUGGGCCCGGUACGCACUUUUGAUCUCGUCUUUUACGGAUGGGAUUUUGGCCUCCCCACAAGCGCAGUCCUUCCUCAAGCACAGCCUCGCAUGUUCCCUGCUGGCUGAACGAGUGCGCAAAGCAGAAGCUCAAGUACGCGAAUCGGUCAUGGCCAGUCCCUGCAAUGGACCUAACAUGGAGGCAUUUAAUGCUCUGGAGGAAUACGAUGAACAAUUAUUGCAAUCCACUUCCGACUGUGACGACGCUUCGGCCAAUCGAUUGCUGCAGUCGCUGGGGACCGGCAUGAAGGGAAAACCAAAUGUUCGAAUCCUGUACAUACCCACUGCAAUGUAUGCUCUCAACCCAAACAGUGCCAACACCCCAGGAAAGCAGCGACAAAGAGCUCGUGCCGAUGGCAAAAAGCGGCGAAAUCAACUGGUUCAACAUUUGGAAGAUUUGCUGGGUCCUCAUCUGCCAGAAGCAUCGGUUUUGGCCAUCACCCUGGAUCUCGAUGAUGGAUCAUUGAAACAGCCGACAGGUUCCGACGCGGCUGCUGACUUUCCAGCUGACGGUGUGGAAGCCUUGACCACAUGGGCUCCUCAUAUUGUCUAUGUAGAAGGAGGCAACACAUUUUGGUUGCAACAUUGUUUGGAAAAGGGAAGCUGGGCGUCGCAUUUGCGAGCUGCUUGUACAGGACCCGAUGCACCGUCGGUGUAUAUUGGUAAGAGUGCGGGCGCCAUCAUUGCCGGCGCCACCGUCGCAACGGCCACAUGGAAAGGAUGGGAUGAUCCAUCCGUGGUGCCAGGCAAAGAAACCUACGACGAUUGGAAAGGCCAUCCAGGGCUUGACAUGGUGGGAUCGCAAUCCUUCUUUCCUCACAUGAGUGAUGAUUGGGAGAGCACGGUAGCCGAAAAGCGACAAGAAGUUCAACCCAAAGAACUUUCAGAUAAGAUUGUCUGUUUGAGAGAGUACGAUGCAUGUUGCGUUGACGGAAGCGAUCAAAUCAUGGAAUUGGUGUCAGGUGUCGAAGCUGCAGUGGCGCAAUAA